UGUCAGUGAUAUAAAAAUUGCCUUUCUUUGUGUUAUUGUUGCUUGUUUGUAGAAAUUUCUGCGUAAAAGAGUACACAGCAAACAAACGUAAAAAUUUGUAUACGUGCACUUAGCAGUGAGUUUUUAAAUUGCGUAUUAAUAAAAAGCGUAUUAAGAAAACGUAAAGAAUAAUUGGCAGAGAGCCUAAUGCGCGCUGUUGAUUGGCGCUCUAAACUUGCCAAAUUCACUGUUGAGAAGCAGCGACAAGCAGAACUUGACAUGGACGCUAUGGACAUGGAGGCGUGCGCUUCUGUAGAGAAAGAGCUUGAUCGCGUUGUGACCAAGCUCGAGCAUCUGCACAAGAACGCAUCAGCAGAAAUUGGCGAUAUUGCGUCGUUGAUGUCGGAGCUGGUUAAUGUGCUAGGUAUGGCAGAGCAGAUGGUAGUCACCACGCUGAAUACGGGCACACAAAUGAAUGCGCCAGGGACUGGAAGUCCAGAUGAUCCAAUGGGUGAAAAUGUCAAUAUGCAGGUGGAAACGGAACCAGCCGCUCCACAACGUCUGACUGAUCGCCAAAUGGACAUCAUACGCGAUUCCAUUGUCAAGUGUAAUGAGCGUGUGCAGAAGCUAUCAUCGGAGCAUCGUGAUCUGCACGGUUCUGUAUCUAAAAUAGGCAAGGCCAUUGACCGCAAUUUUAGUGCUGACUUCACCUCCACGAUGCGCGUAGAUGCUCUGCAAGAUGAGGAUAACCUGAUGCUGCUUAACAAAGCUAUUGCCAAGCAUUACUGCCGUCAGGGCAUGGAUGAUGUAGCACGCACACUGAUAAAGGAGUGUAAGAUGAGCGAGGAACAUGCCCAAGAUGUGUUUGACUCGGAGCGCGAGUUUGCUGAGAUCUACAACAUAUGGAUGCAGAUACAGAAACGUGACUUGAGCGAAGCACUGAAGUGGGCAGAGCGUCACUCCGGCCAGUUAAGGGAGGGCCAUUCUAUAGUAGAGUUUCAACUGCAUCGAAUGCGACUGUUUCAGCUGGUCUCAAAUGGGAUGGUGUCACAGGAUGAGGCCAUUGCCUAUGCCCGCACCUAUGUUAAAAACUUCCCCGCCAAAGAGAUUGGCUACUUGAUGCUAAGUCUGAUCUACGUACCCGUGGGCUUGGAGAACACACGCUAUAAACAUUUUCUAAGCCAGGAAAUGUGGACAGAGCUGUCAUUCAUAUUCCUACGGGAGGCUUGUGAACUUCUGGGCAUCAGCAAGAACUCCGCGCUUUCUGUAGUGGUCAACGCCGGCUGCACUGCGUUGCCGGCGCUAUUAAAUAUUAAGCAGGUGAUGCAGUCACGAAAGGUGCUGGGCAUGUGGAAUGGCUGCGAUGAAUUACCGAUUGAGAUUGAUCUGCCGCCAGAGUUUAGAUUCCAUUCAAUCUUUGCCUGCCCCAUUUUGCGUCAGCAGACCACCGAAGAUAAUCCCCCAAAGAAACUCACCUGUGGUCAUGUUAUCUCCAACGACGCAUUGCACAAGCUAAGCAAUGGACAUAUACUAAAGUGUCCAUACUGUCCCGUUGAGCAGAACGCCGAGGAGGCUGUUCGUAUUUACUUUUAAGCAUCUAUCUAUAAUUUAUACUAAUAUACAUUUAAUCUUAAUGUUAAUCGGAGCCUGCCAGUUGGCGCGCUAUAGCAGUUCAUGCAAGAUGGUCGGAGGGGGUUAGAGGAAAUCGCGUAUUAUGUUAAAUGAUAAAUUGAUAUUGGGCAGCUUUUUCCUUAAAGGCUUUUAGAUUGUUCGUUAGAUAAAUUGGCUAAGCGGAGUUGAACUACUUGAGCCGUUAGCUUCUACUGUGUAUCACCCCUACAAUAACCAUGAAAAGCCCUUAGCUUUUAAUAUAUAUGCUAAAUAAACCAAUCAUAUUUAACUAAA